GCCACUGCCACCUCCCACAGGGCUCUCCGAUGCAUCUCCGAGCGAGCUGGGGAGGGGGCUGCCCCGCGGCCUCAAAGAACUACUUCUGGGUGACGGUCAUUCCUGUCACAGUCCACUGGAGAAUUCCUGAGCAGACGGUCAGGAAGGCCUACACUAAACCAGCACUUGGGUGAUUGAUUCUUGGAGAAUGUUCCAGUUACUAAAAAUUGGAAUCUACGUGUGAGGACAGGCGAAGUGGCCGAUAGUCGCAUCGUAUCUGAGAUUGAGGCCUCACCUCCAGUUACGGUCAGACUGAGAGACUGAAGGGGUUCUGGUCAGGGGUUGCUUGUGCAAUGCUUCUGGGGCAGUAACCCUUGGGUCAAAAGGUAGUUAACCUCACUUUUGCUUUUCGUGGAAAAAAGUUGCAAAACCGAUUAGGCUCUAGAAGGUGCCAGGGGAACUGUUUAAUGAGCUCUGGCUCUGGCUGGAACCUCGCCUCCCGAUCCCCAGCUCUACUUGUUCUUGUAGCUUACUGGUAAAAGGGAUCUCAGGCAGAUUUAAUUUACAUGACUGGGUCCAAACAGUGUAUGUAACUUUACCAAAUCUUCAUUCCCUAACUGUGCCCCUUAUUUUAGAAUUCAGUUUACACAAUAUCUUGAGAGUUUCCCCACCUUCUCUAAUGAACUGAUUGACUGUUUUAACGUCGUGCAGGAAAGCACGUACGAGGUCGGCUUGCAGGCUAGUUGGCUGGGCAGAGAGAACUUGCAGCUGACCUUGUGCUGACUCAGGCAAGGAGGAAGCGGCUGUGGCCAAGGAGGAACUCUCUUUCCCCCGGUUCAUACCCAGGUUGUCAACGGUGGACAGAGUAGGAGGGGCUUUGCCCCUGUUCAGGUUUUUAUUCUUUUUUUUUUUUAAAACCAACUACCUGUGUUGAAGUUAAAGCUGAAGGUGUAAUUCUAGUACACUCUAGCAAUGUUUUGCAAUGAACCAGGGGGAAACUAAAAUGCAAGUACUUUGCAAGUUUAGGUGUUUGUUUGUUUUCAUUGAACCCAUUGCUCAACACUCUUAAAAGCUAUCUUGCCCAAUUAAGUCACAAUUCUCCUUUCCAGAACCACUGCAUGGCCAUAAGAACAGAUGAUAGAAAGCAAAUGGCCCCUAUAAUCUUCACUCCUUUGACUUCCUUAGAGAGGAAACACGUUCUAGCCUGUUCAUCUAACCCCAUGAUGGCUGUGGACAUAGAGUGCAGAUACAGCUGCAUGGCCCCUUCCCUGCGCAGAGAGAGGUUCGCCUUCAAGAUCUCACCAAAGCCAAGCAAACCUCUGAGGCCUUGUAUUCAGUUGAGCAGCAAGAAUGAAGCCAGUGGAGUGGUGGCCCCAACCAUCCAGGAGAAAAAGGUGAAAAAGCGAGUGUCCUUCGCAGACAACCAGGGGCUGGCCCUGACAAUGGUCAAAGUGUUCUCAGAAUUUGAUGACCCGUUAGAUAUUCCGUUUAACAUCACUGAGCUCCUAGACAACAUCGUGAGUCUGACGACAGCAGAGAGCGAGAGCUUUGUGUUGGAUUUUUCUCAACCUUCGGCAGAUUACUUAGACUUUAGAAACCGGCUUCAGACCGACCACGUCUGCCUGGAGAACUGCGUGCUGAAGGACAAAGCGGUCGCAGGCACCGUGAAGGUGCAGAACCUGGCGUUUGAGAAGACGGUGAAGAUCAGGAUGACCUUCGACACCUGGAAAAGCUUCACAGACUUCCCCUGUUGGUAUGUGAAAGACACUUACUCUAGUUCAGACAGGGACACCUUCUCCUUUGACAUCCGCUUACCUGAGAAAAUCCAGUCUUAUGAAAGAAUGGAGUUCGCCGUGUGUUUUGAGUGCAACGGCCAGACGUACUGGGACAGCAACAAAGGCAAAAACUAUCGCAUCACCCGGGCGGAAUUAAAGUCCACCCAGGGCCCGGCCGAGUCACAAAAUGGACCCGAUCUGGGAAUCUCCUUUGACCAGUUUGGAAGCCCUCGGUGCUCCUACGGUCUGUUCCCGGAGUGGCCUAGUUAUCUAGGGUACGAAAAGCUAGGGCCCUACUAUUAGUGACCAUGUGUGACGGAGCCCAGCUGAGUGGGGGCAGACGAGCCCAGCUGCAGUCACAGAGGGACGGAGAUGGAAAGCCAAGAGAAUAGCUGAACUGCCAUCAGGCACACUUGCCGAAAAGAAAGGAUCCUAUUCACUUUUUCCUUCAACCAGCAAGUCCAGCCCGGCUUAGACCACAGAACCAGUUUCACGCUCAGAGUGGCCGAGGUGUGCCGGUCUGCUUGGCACCCGUGGCAGCCACAGGGUACGGCAGGAUGGUGCCAGCGAGGGUCUGGACAGGAGCCAGGCCUGCAGGCAGUGCUGGUGAGGCUAGAGGAUGGUGGCUUCACAACAGUGCGACUCGGAGGGUGCCGGGGCUGUGUGGAGGAGCGGCUUAGGAAAGUCAGUCACUCGAUGUCACUCCAUCCCCGGCCACCUUCUGGCCCCUUGCCGUUCUCUGGCUUCUCUCCACCCAGCCGGGCCCUCCUACCUCUCGCUGCUGUCUCACAUCUCCGCGUUCUUCACAUUUUGUCUCCAUGGUUUUUUUGGUGUUUUUCUUCGACAGUUCAUCUGAUGUUCAGGAAAAGAUAAUACAGGCAAAUCGGCCUGGGAGGCAGGCAUUUCCGCUUGCUGGGCCCCAUGUGUAUUCCAGCGGAGAGCAGCUCGCCAGUGACCCAGAGUAACUGGCCUCCGUGCAGCCUACGGAUUGCUGGCUCAGGACAGGCAGGACAGCCGCGAGUGGAACACGUUUCGCUUCUCCUCUUGGCUUUUGGGGGAGCUUUCUAAGCACUCAGACUUACCCAAAGUCACCCGAAGGCCCACUUACAAGGGGUGUUUCAGCUUGCUCGGCUGGUUGGCAGGCGUCUUAUUCUUUAUACGCGGAUUGUAGAUCGCCCUUUCUGGAGACUCAUCUUUUACACUGUGUUCAGGACAUUUGGGUUGGCAGAUCCAAUAUAUCCUGGAAGCCUUCCGAAAGUGUUUGCUUUUAUUUUGACUGUGAUUUACAGGACCCGGGACAUUUUACAAGCACCCUGGGACUUUGAUUUGGGUGUCCUUAUUUAUGCUGUGUGAGUAUGUGAAAGGGGCAGAGGAGGAAAACCUCACUAAGUUCUCCGAUGUUUGCCAGCUCUGAAAUAGCGGACAUUAAUUGUUCUCCACCAUAUUGGACAAAAGAAUUACAAAUCUGGUGGGUCAUGUGGUUGUGAGACCCCUGGGACUUUCACUGUCAGAUGGAUCCCCAGAUCCUGUGAUUAUUUUGGGGCAAGACUGGUUUGUACUUGGGGGUGUUUAAGAUAUUUUUACAUGUGUAUUUGUAGAAGGUUUGGGGUUUUUCUGUUUUUGUUUGGGGAGAUUAAAUGACCGUCUCAUUUUCCUUUUGCCUGAUUUACUAAAGUGAGGUUUUCCUAAGGGAAGCAGGAAGUGGGAUGCACAGCUACUGGACUCUGCAGGCAGAGAGUCUCCGUCCGUUUGCAUUUUCCAAGUCAAUCAGGAAACACCUCCCAGCUUCUUUGUCGAUCCUGUCGGGUGUCGGGCAGGCACGGAGCGUCUUGGCUCCUGGAGUUUGGUGGGUUAUUUUUGUUUUCUUUGAACUUUAAAAUGUUUUAACUUUUCAAAUGCUCUUUAAGUUGUGUUUGAUGUAAUUCUUUUUCCUAAAACUGGCUGUGACUAGUCUGUAACCUUGUGCUUUACUGUUUAUACCUCUCCCAGGUGGGCAGCACUGAGGGAUGCCAUGAUAAUGUAAUUUCUGGGAAAAUCACAUUUACUUACGCUGAAAUGGGGCAGAACUGUGUUUUAUCCAAGCAUAUCUUACAUCAAGUACACAGAGAGCACUUUGUGCUACAAAUCUGGUGGCCAGAGCUCUUAAGAGUGUAAAUCUAAAUUGAAUAGAAGCAACAUUUUGAUUUUGUUUUAAGAAAUCUCCCCCCUCCUCCUCCUCCAUUUCAGGAAAGGUACAAGGUGCACUGUUGUCUACGUGUUCCCCGACUACAGGUGAUGAGAUCAUUCUGUGUUCAUGAGAAAAACGCCUCAAGUGACUUGUGUAUGGCUGUCAAUAAUAGUGAUCCUAAGGCAUUCCUGUGUCAAAAUUUGAAAUAGGGUAAUUCAGUGAUAAGUAUCUCUUCUAAAACAGCCAUAAACCCUCCCCCUCCCCUGCUUUGCUCCCAGUUCUCCCCAGAUAUUUUUGCUGGCGGCUCUGCCUGCACGCCCCCAGCCAGUGCACCUGGGCCACUCACCCCACGGGGCAAGUCCUCACCCGCUUGCAAAGACCCUGCUCUCACUAAGGAAUCUGGUUGCCCGACUUCCCUGUCAGCAUUGCCAUUCAGGGAGGUUGUAGGAUCUGAAGAAUACUGUCUCCUCCUCACCAAGCAGUCCUCCUCCUGUCCGGCUCUGUCCCAGAAUAUGAGGAGCGUCUCCUUGGCUCACCCUCAGCCCACAGGUCUGCACACCUGAGAGAGGGGCCUGUUUCUCAGUUGUAAACUCCCCUGCAGCCUGACCUGUAGGUUUGGCCCUCAGACAGCUCUUGGUUGUGAUGACAAAUGGCCUCCAGUCCAGGGUGCUUCCCGAGUCGCCCCAGCAAGCCCAGCCUCCUGCUGGUGGUGUGGUGCUCCAGGAAUGGGCAAGCAGCUCCGUUUUGCUUUCAUAUUUAUUCCCCCUGUGCCCUGGGGAGCACUUGCAAACUAGGUGCAAUAAAUAAGCUGGACUAUAUAAAGAUAUAAUAAACAAGCUUUCAAUGUUUCUUGGAAGAGAUGAAGCAUUUGAGUGGGUUUCUUUCUCUCUUGUUUAAUAUUCUUGUUAUAGGGGAGCUGGUGAGAAAUAGAGUUAUGUAGUUCUGUAGAAAUUAAAUUUCAGAAUCAAGGUAGAAUUUAUUUUUUUUCUCUAAGAUGUCAUUUUGAUGGUGGCAAAACAUGACUCUUUCAAUGUUUUUUAAAGAUGUAAAGUUUGAACUGCUAAACGAAUUUGUGGUUUUGAUCUUUGCAUAUAAUUUGCUUUAUGAAAACAAGCGUCACUUUGUAGGCACUUGGGAUAUAUAUAUGUAUGUAUGUAUACCCAAAAAGUGGUUGUUUGCUCACUUUUUAGAAAUGCCUGUUUCUGGCUCUUAGUGGACAGUGAAUGGAAACCUUGGUUGUUUUUUCAUUUGUUUCCUCUUUUAAAGUUCCCCGACUGGAUGUGGUUUGCCGGAACAGGCCUCGUGGCCCUUUGCUCUGGGAGGUCCCGAUCUACUUAUCUCUUCAGAUGUGAUCACUGAAUCAGAGAGAGUGAAACUGACAGUGGGAUCUUACAGGGUCCUCCAAAGACUGCUUGGCAGCUACUUCACUGCCUGAAGUGGGACCCAUCUGGGCGGGGAAGGGUAGCUGUGGUUCUGGGCGGCUUUUCCCCACUGCGGUUGGAAAGCAUUGCAGCCCGGGUUGUAAAGCUGUGAAUGUUUUUACAGUUUUGUUCUCAGUUCCUAGAGAUUGCUGGGGCGGGAGGGGGAAGAGGACUCCAAGAAUGCAGCUGUGAGGAUGGCGUUUCACUUUGAUGUCAAUGUGAAUGUCCAGCUGAAGUGACUCAGCUUCAUUGGAUGCCGAAAAGUGCCUUGUCAUGAAAUUUCCACGUUUU